AUGGGGUUCUCGACGAUCGAGUUCGACAAAUACAACCCCGCCUCCGAGAAGGCGAGCGAUGCCCGCCAGGACCUCGCCCAUCUCGACUACUCCCCGCUCAAGCGCAUCACAGGGCGCACAUGGGCCAUGGGACUUCUCGUCUCCAUGGGUGGCAUGGUCUUCGGAUAUGACACCGGUCAGAUCUCCGGUUUUCUCGAGAUGCCCGACUUUCUCGACCGCUUCGGAGAGCGUGACACCCCUGAUGGCACCCCGACUUUUAGCAAUGUCCGCUCCGGUUUGAUCGUCGGUCUCCUCUCCAUUGGUACCCUCAUCGGCGCUCUUGUUGCCGCUCCCAUCGCCGAUAAGUUCGGCCGCAGGAAUUCCAUCUCUUUCUGGUGCAUCAUCACCUCUAUCGGCUUCGUCAUCCAGAUUGCUGCCGAGCGUACCUGGGAACAGAUCAUGGUUGGACGUCUUGUUGCCGGCUUCGGUGUCGGCGCUCUCAGUCUCAUCGUGCCCAUGUUCCAAGCUGAGACCGCACCGCCUUGGAUUCGUGGCGCCCUAGUCUGCGCCUACCAAUUGUUCAUUACCCUCGGUAUCUUCCUCGCGGCUUGCUUCAACUACGGUACUGUCACGCACCAGGAGCACAGCUCCGCAUCAUGGCGUAUUGUCAUUGGCCUUGGCUGGCUUUGGACCAUCAUUCUUGGUGUUGGUAUCCUAGCCUUCCCCGAGACUCCUCGUUUCAACUACCGCCUUGGUAAGGUCGAAGAGGCUAAGCGCACCCUCUGCCGCGUCUAUGGCGCUCCCGAGAACCACUACAGUAUCUACGUUCAGCUCGAGGAGAUUGAGAGCAAGCUCCGUGCCGAGUCCCAGAUCAAGGGCAGUGCUAUCAGCGAGUUUACAGGCAUGUUCAAGGCGCCUCGCAUGGCCUACCGCAUCGCCCUGGGAAUGAUUCUGCAGAUGUUCCAACAGCUCACGGGUGCCAACUACUUCUUUUACUACGGAACCACCAUCUUCGCGUCUGUCAACAUCAACUCCUUCAUUACGCAGAUCAUUCUCAACGCCAUCAACUUCGGUACUACCUUCAUCGGUCUGUACAUUGUUGAGCACUACGGCCGUCGCAAGUCUCUCAUUGCCGGUUCCCUCUGGAUGUUCAUCUGCUUCAUGAUCUUUGCCUCUGUCGGCCACUUCAGCCUUGACAUUGCGAACCCCCAAAACACUCCAGGACCUGGUAUUGCCCUCAUCGUCUUUGCCUCACUCUUCAUUCUCGGCUUUGCCACGACUUGGGGACCUAUGAUCUGGACAAUUCAGGCCGAGCUUUUCCCCUCCCGCUACCGCGCCAAGGCCAUGGCCCUUUCAACCGCCAGCAACUGGACCUGGAACUUCUUCAUUGGUUUCUUCUCGCCCUUCAUCACCAAGGCCAUUGACUUCCGUUACGGCUACGUCUUUGCCGGCUGCAACAUCGUCGCCGCCGCCAUCGUCUACUUCUUUGUCAUUGAGGGCCAGGGCCGCACACUCGAGGAGAUCGACACCAUGUACCUCGAGCGCGUCACUCCUUGGAAGAGCACCAAGUGGGAGCCUCCCUCUGCUGAGGAGAUGGCUAGAAUCCGCAAGCAGGCUGGCACUGAGCUGGACGCCAGCGCAAGCGAAUCUGGUGCACACAAUGAGAAGAACGAGCCUCUUCGGCCAAAGGACACGCAGCAGGACACUGCUCAUGCGGAGAGAGUUUAA